AUGGAAGGAUGGGAUCCGAGCACGAAAUCAACCCUAACGCGAAUCCCGCUUCUGACAACAAAGGCGGGGCCAAGAGACGGCGAUGCAUGGAAACAGAGGCUUAAAGAAGAGUACAAAUCUCUGAUCGCAUACACACAGAUGAACAAGUCCAAUGACAACGACUGGUUCCGUAUCUCCGCGUCCAAUCCCGAAGGUACGCGUUGGAGUGGCAAGUGUUGGUAUGUUCACAACCUCCUCAAGUACGAGUUCGAUCUCCAAUUCGAUAUCCCUGUUACCUACCCUGCUACUGCUCCUGAGCUUGAGUUGCCUGAGAUUGACGGCAAAACACAAAAGAUGUAUCGAGGUGGGAAGAUUUGCUUGACGGUGCAUUUCAAGCCGCUUUGGGCUAAAAACUGCCCUAGGUUUGGUAUAGCACAUGCACUUUGUUUGGGACUAGCUCCAUGGCUUGCUGCCGAGAUUCCAAUUCUUGUGGACUCGGGUAUGAUCAAGCACAAAGAUGACACAGCCUCAGCUUCCGAAUCUUAG